CUCUCUGAACAAUUCGGAAUUACCCCCAGCAUAGCGCUUUCGCACUCAUUUCCAGACGUCAGCGGAUCCAGUUCUGAAUCGGUGAUCCGCAAGAGCCGGGCAAAAAAGUUGAAAAGACCGUUCAAUUCUGCUAUAGACCGCACAUUAUGGGCUCCGGCAGCUCAAAGCCCGAGGCUACGGCCGGGUCGAAGCACAUCUUCUCGAGUGGAUCCCCCGUCCAGUUCUCCUCCAACCUCGUCGACUCCCUCCAGUCCAGCAGCGAGACCGACUCCUCCCGCGCCAAAUCCCUCGAACUCCAAAUCCAAGCGCGCGUCUCGCAAGAACUAGAACGCAUCCGCGCCCGCGAACAGCAAACCGUCGCCGAGAUCGAAAAGCGCAUCGCCCAGGCCCCGGAAAACAACAUCCCCGCCGCCCCGUCACCCACCACCACGUACAGCUACCCACCCGGCUCGCUGAACCUGGACGCUCCGCGCAUCCCCUUCGCCGGCCGCGAGACGGACGCCCCCGCCUUUGACGCCGCCGCCGCUGCUGCUGCGUCGCAGGGCCAGCCCAUCAACCGCGGUUUGACCCGGGACUCGGUGAACGAGGAUGUGGAGCAGCUGCGGGCGAAGCUUGAGGGCCGUAGGAAGCUCGUGGAGCUGGAUGAUGGGCUUGUGAAGGCUAAGGAGGAUGUUGUUAGCUGCUUGCGGUUGAACGAUCGGCGGCCGCUGGAUUGCUGGAAGGAGGUGGAGGGGUUUAAGAAGGAGGUUGCGCGUAUGGAGCAGGCCUUUGUUGAUCGUGUUGUUGGUUGAGGUUGCUGUUGUCGUUGAUGUGUGAGUGAUUGAGUUAUGUUAUGUAUUGUAAGCAUGUAGUGUGAGUGUGUGGUGAGUGAGUGUGGGUGAGUGGGUGACUGCACUCGCUGAUAGAUAUCGAUUUCUUUUAUGUUAUUGGAGUGUAUAUGUACAGUUAGCUAUUUCUAUCUAUCUAUUGCCCUGCGG